AUGGAAUCAGUAACCCAAGAAAAGAAAAAGCUUCGGAGUGUCAUCUGUUUUGAAGCGCAAGCACCAAGUGGUUACACCUUCAUUCCUGCAGGAAAUCCGCAACUCACUACAACGUGCAAGGAGCGGUGUCGAGACGAAGGUCUCCAAAUCCACGCAGUAUCGACUACCCCGCACCAUCGCCAUCACAACCUGUCACAGCACGUUCAUCGGAUAGGAUAUCAUUUCCCUAGCACUGUGGUGGCAGCCGUUUGCUCAGAAUUGGGCUUCUACCUGACAAGCACUGGUAAAACAGUGCUUAGUACAUUUCCCGCAAACAGGAUCGAGAAUCCCAGGCAGACUGAUUCUGAAAUUUCUCAAAAAACACUCGACACAGAAGCACGGGAUGCCUUGAAGGAUCUCUUUCCGAAUAUACCAGACAAAGACUUGAAUCAAAUUAUCAAGACCGCUUUUCAAAAGGGUCAGAAAAAAGUUGGGACGGCCACAGAAUUGCCUUUGGCUCGUAGAGCUCAACUCGCUGUGGUUGCUCACAUUAGGCAUGUCUACACUGAUUACGAUCGCCUCCUGAAAACUACUUCAUUCCACGAAGCAAGAGGGGUUGUCGAACACACAACUCUAGCCAAAGUUAUCGAGUGGCGAGGGGACGAUGAGAAUGGCCAGACAGUUCUGGAAGAUGUUUUCCGCGAGGUUAUAGUAAUCUCGGACGACGAAGACAGUGAAUCAGACGAAGAUACCGCUGCUUCAGCAGGUCACCAGAACACCAGUGUGGAAAUUCUUCCAAGCGAUACCCGGGCCCACGAGAUCCAGUGUCAGCCUAUCAACAACGCGAAACCUCUUGGUCGGGAUCUUCUACGAGAGCUAUCCGAGGAAGCGCCACCUGGAUUCCGAUUUGUCACAAGAGCACCAGCCACAGACACCAUCAACCGUCGAGGAUUUAACAGGUACAAAGCAUGGACCCGUGCUGUCAAGGAGUAUAGAGAGGGUAUACGGGGCACUGAACAACCUAGGUUUUCUGGACACUCAGCUGAAAAGCAGAGCCCACGGUAUGCCGAGCGGCGCAUUGCUGCUCAGGAAAUAUCUGCUGCUAGGCGCCAGGAUACAAUUCCUCGGUGCGCCGAGGUUCAUCGGCGAGUCGCUCCAGGCUCAGCAAGCAAUGAUUACCAAGCACAUCGGGUGCUCGCUAUCCCACUAAUGAACCGACAGUUGACCAAGAGACGUGUAGAUGUCCAGGAGAACUACCUUCACUCGGACGCCCAACAAAAAUACUCAGCCCAUGAAAUGAACGCCAGGCCAACUGGACUAACUGACCAGGAAUCACCCGAGCUGCAAAUCAUAGAAGAACUCUCUGUACCUAGAAAUGUGAUCAUGACCCACUUGCACGAUGAUCCUCCCUCUAGGAUGGAGCCCAGAGUUCGACAAGAAAAAUUGCCUCCUCGGUCGGACAGGACCAACGCACCUUUUUUCGUGAGCGGACCAAAAAAUAAUCGUCAGAAACUGACCUCAGUGGGACGCCGUCUUGACUCCGUCGGUUCCCCACUUUUCAGACCAGGUUCAAACGCACAGGAUUCUGUCUUGCCCUCUAUUGAAAACUUCCGGCCACCAGAAAAUCGGCAGACUGACGGUGCGUAUCCUUUGGUACAUGUGACCAACAAAAUAUCCCUUCGGUCGGUCACGCCAGGGCGUCGUCAAGGAGAGGUGAUGCAUCAGUCCGAUGCUGUCGAGAUGGAAGCUGAUAGCGAACAAGCGAGCAAAAGAAGACGCCUGGCAUGUCUUGAAGAUUCUCGGGUUUCCCGCCCAGACCUGUGGAGUGCAAGGCCUAUGAGACUUCCUGUGUUCGAAGGUCUCGGGUCUCAUUCUUACGAUCGCGUUGAGCUUGUCCCGGACCACCGACCCUCGGACCAGCUUCAACUCCGUCGGGAUCAUCUGCCAGUGGAAAAACCUCCUGUUGUAGGACAUCAGCGGGAAAGGAACCUGAACUCGAUUUCUUACGUCAACGUACAACAUGGCCUAGAAACAAGGUCAGUCUUGGGUCGACAGCAUAUGAGCGGACCAUACGAGCCUCAGCCUCAGGCUGGGCUUUCCAGUACCAGUAUCAGUGCCUCAGAAGGAGAUCGCACCUUGAAAGCAGCUCCAGCCGUUUCCAAUUUUGGACCGUGGCAUCCUUACCGUGGUGAUCGUAGUCUCCGUUCGGACCGUGUUCCGCAAAACCCACGGGCUAUUCGCCACACCCGCAUUGACGGUGGCCGCCCAUUACCGGAGAGUGUCUACCCAGACAGGAACCUGUAUGCUGAGGACUUUGUCCGGUAUGUUGAUCACCGCGAGCCCCCUGUAUUGGAAUAUGCCUCCAAGCGUGCGGAAUCCGAAGCCAAGCCUGUUGGAGACCCUUGUCCGUCCAGUGGGACUAGAAACCUUGGUUGCCUUGGCGCAAAGAAUCUGUCUCGGACCCAGGUUUCGUCAGAUCAACGUGGCCCAUUGCCCCUAGGACCGCGAAUGGCUCCUUCCCAUGACCAACUUCGCACCUUUUCAGACUCUGUCAUAGGAAAGAUCCAGCCUCACGUGUCUUCCCCUCAUGUCCCUCGUGAAAGACCAGCCAGUGGCGGGUUUAACUCCUUGCGGCCAUCCUACAAUAACCCUCCCUCAUCCCAGACCAUGGAGCAAGAUCGCCCAGUCUACGUUCAAAGAGUUGAACCACACUCACCCUACUAUUCCCUCCUUAAUGGAAGGCAUUUUGUCAUUGUUGAUUAA